AUGCUUAAGGUGGUUGAAAAGCUAAUGCAGUUAUUACGGCCAAGGAUAUGUCAAUUUUCUCAAAACAACAAAAAUGUAUGCAAGCAUUUGUUUGAGAAAGCAAGGGCGGAGGAGAAUAUUCAUUUCCUGAAGCUGCAAAGAGAGCAGCUAAAGUCCUUGCGGGAAAAAAUUCUUAGCCAGAAAAACGAAGUCACGGCGAAGAUCAUCAAAGUGAAUAAGCAGAUACAGUCUUUGGAAAAGACCAACAAAAAAGGGAUUAAUUAAAUAGUCUCACUAAAUCCAUCGUGCAGUCAAGGUACACCAUAUAACUAUGGAGGAAAUUUAAUAAAGUGUGGCAGAAACCA